AUGAUUCAAGAAGAUGAUUUAUUCAUAAUGAAUGAAGAAAUAUUAUUAAAUAAAAUUUAUCAAUGUGCUUUUAUGAUUAAUUAUAAAUAUGGUUAUGGUCCUAAUAUUGUUUAUGAUUUUGAUGAAAUUGAAUUAUGGUUAAGACAAAAACUAAAUAAAUGUAAAUUAAUCGAUACAGAAACAGAAAGACAAUUUGAUCUAUUUCAUUAUCAAUUUGAAACAUUUGAUACUAAACCAAAUUUAAUUAUUAAAAUACGUGAAUAUAUACAACAAGAAGAAUUACCAAUAUUGAAGCGAGAAAAAUUAAAAGAUUUUAUAACAGAAAAUAGAGAUAAUUUAUUAAAAACAUUAGAAUUUUCAACAGAUAUUAAUCAAAAAAUUACUGUAGAAGAAUUUGAUCGAGAAAUAAUUAAUAAUAAUGAGUUAAUAUAUGAACCAUUAAAAAGUAUUCAUAUUUGGAUAUCGACAAUAAAACGAUUAUUAUUAAGAAUAUUAUCAUCAAAACAAGGACAAUUAUAUGAUACUGCAUUAACAGAAUAUUUAUGUCGACCAGAGUUAUGGGAUUAA